CCGAGUGAAAAUGCUUGAUUUCAAAAGCCAGCGAUACAUACAUCAGGCGCUUUCUUUAUAGUUUCCUAUUUUAUUCUUCUGCAUGUGCUUUAAAACUUUCUGCCAUGUAUUCCCCCGAUUAUAUUUCGCUUGGUAGAAAUUUACUUAGUCACCGGUCGCCAAGAUGACUUCUGAUUUCAAAUCUUCCUUUUCUGCAGAGAAGGCCAAGCAGCUAUCAGACCCCGACAGCUUGGCAUCUUCGGCAGCUUCUUCCAACCCAGACCUGCCAUCAAGUAUUUUGGAGCAAAAGACAUCCAAAAAGGGCAUCAAUUGGUUCCUCGCCUACUUCGCCGUCAUCAUAUCGGUACUACUGUUUGCACUUGACGCCACCAUCGUUGCAGUUGUACAACCUCAGGUGCUCGCCGCCUUCGAUAAUGAGAUCGACAAACUGCCAUGGAUAGGCGUGGCCUUCUCCCUCGGAACCAUCGCCAUUCUACCUCUGGGAAAAGCCAACGGACUGUUCGACGUCAAAUGGCUCUUCAUCGCCUCGGUCGCCAUCUUCGAGAUCGGCAGUAUUCUAUGCGGUGCCGCCCCCGACAUGACGGCCAUGAUCGUCGGUCGCGCCAUCAGCGGCGUCGGCGGCGCGGGAAUCUACUGCGGCGGCUUGAUCUACAUCUCGCUCAUAACGGGCGAGCGGGAGCGGCCCCUCUACAUGUCAGGCGUCGCCGUCGUUUGGGGCAUAGGCUCUGUGCUGGGCCCCCUUAUCGGCGGUGCCCUGGCCCAAAGCCACCUGACCUGGCGAUGGGCCUUUUACAUUAACCCCGUUAUCGCCGCGGCGCUCGCACCCAUCUUCCUACUGUGCAUGCGGAGCCUCGUGCUCGUGGGCGACAUGCCCAUCUCACUGAAGCUGCGCAACACCGACUGGGCCGCCAUCAUCGUCUUUUGCGGCGGUUCCGUCGCCUACACUAUGGCGCUUACGUUCGGCGGCUCCGUCUACGCCUUCGAUAGUGGCAGCAUGAUUGCCCUCUGGACCGUAACGGGCGUUCUCUUCAUCGCCUUCGUCGCCGUCACUAUCCUGCACCCGCUCAUCUCAGCCGAGAACAGGCUGUACCCGUCGCACUUUAUGCGCUCGGUCGAGCUCAACAUCUUGCAGCUCCAGAUAUUCCUGGCAGGCGGCAUCAUGAUGACGACUAUAUAUUAUAUCCCACUCUUGUUCCAGUUCACGCGUGGUGAUGGUGCGUUGCAGGCUGGGGUACGCCUUCUCCCGUUGAUUGGAAUGGUCGUCUUCUUCUCCAUCGCCAACGGGGUCGCUAUGCCAUACUUUGGUUACCACAAGCCCUGGUACAUAUUUGGCAAUGCCAUGGCCCUGACCGGUUCAGUCUUGAUGUAUACAUCAAAAGCAAGCACUCCCACGUCUUCCCUUUAUGGAUACACCGCUUUGAUUGGUAUGGGCGUAGGCUCCUCCAUCACUGCUGGCUUUGCUGUGGUGCAGGCAAUGGUUCUGCCCAAUGAGGUCAACAACGCUGUGGGCUUCAUGAGCAUUGGGCAAUCCAUGGGCCAGAUCUCGAUCCUCGCCAUCGGGGGCACCCUGUUUCAGAACAUCGGCUUUCAGAGGCUCGCCGCAAUCCUCCCUGACGCUGGACAGGGCGAAACUCUACAGAUACUCACGGGUACUAGCAAUGUCUACUUCCUCAGCCUGAGCGAGAAGGUGCAGAUCACGCUGGUAGAGCAAGUCAGGAUCGCUAUCACGAAUGUCUUUGCGCUCACUGCGGCGGCCUCGGGCAUCGGACUAGCUACUUCGCUUUUCUUGACACACAAGAAACUUUAUUCAAAAUAACUCGCCAGGUAGGCGACGACGACGCCCAGUGUCAUAGUAGUGAGAUAACGAAAUCCGGAAUACGUAGAACGGGUUGUAUUUUCUCAUGUAGAGAAGGGGUAAGGAGGAGGCAAGUACUCGGCGCCGGCUCUGAUAGGAGAUAAGGUAGUUGGACUAUGAUAAAAUAGAGGUUUUGGGGGAUUAUACGGGAUAUGUACACAAGGUCUAUAGAUCCAAGAAGCAAGAAGAGGUUCAUGCCAGAUUCGAGUCAAUAUUUACUGAAGUUCAGA